GCACUCAGGUCUUAAAUGAGCUUCAUUUAGUGCCACGUUUCAUUUCAGCAGGGAGACAAGACCCUCCAGUCUGAUUAUUCAGUGUUCUUGUUCAACAUGCUGAGACAUUUUACAGUCUUUCCGCUCGCUCUGCUAGAGUGCAAGAUUGUUGCAAUUUAUAAAGCACAGACUACCGACGCCUUUGGAAAUAUGCUUAAUGGGAUAAAGGGCUGUAAUUCACAAAUUCUGGGGGGAAAGUGAAGAUCUGGGGGUGGUACUUUUCUUUCGGGGAGUCCUGGUUAAUCUUGCUGUCACGGGGCGAUUGGAUUGAAGCGGUUGAAGUUUGGCUUGUUCUUUGCAUGACUCCCGAGUUUUUGUCUCGCAAUAUGCAAGAUUAAACUACCACUGGCAACUAAGAAACUGGAUGAAUUAUAUAAGAGGUGGAAAUGAACAUAGCUUGGUUUCUCCUCAUCCUGAUAGAAGAAGGAUUAGCACUGGCGCAAAAAACACAAGAGGUCCAAAAUGUUGGAGCAAAGCUCAAACCUGGUGCUCAAUGUGGUACAUGGAUUCGAAACCACAAUGGAGGAUUGUUCACUUCCCCGAACUACCCUGAUACCUACCCCCCGAACAAGGAAUGUGUUUACAUCUUGGAAGCUGCACCACGUCAAAGAAUUGAGUUGAGGUUUGACGACCCUUACUACGUCGAGCCUUCCUUUGAGUGCCGCUUCGAUCACCUGGAGAUUCGGGACGGUCCGUUCGGGUUCUCCCCUCUGAUCGAUCGUUACUGCGGCCCGAAGAGUCCCGGCUUGGUGAGAUCCACAGGGAGGUUCAUGUGGAUCAAGUUCAUGACAGACGAGGAGCUCGAGGGGCUGGGUUUCCAGGUCACAUAUGCAUUUGUACCAGAUCCAGAUUUCACAUACCUGGGCGGAAUAUUAAAUCCCAUUCCAGCAGACUGCCAGUUCGAAUUCUCCGGAGCCGAUGGAGUAAUUCGCUCAGGUCAAGUCGAGGAGGAUGGUAAAAUAAAGCCUGGUCAAGCCGUUGACUGCAUAUGGACAGUUCGAGCCCCUCCUAAAUCUAAAAUUUAUCUGCGGUUUCUUGAGUACCAGAUGGAGCACUCCAAUGAGUGCAAGAAGAACUUUGUGGCGGUGUACGACGGCAGCAGUGCCAUCGAAAACCUGAAAGCCAAGUUCUGCAGCACCGUGGCCAACGACGUCAUGCUGGAGACGGGGAUCGGUGUGGUGAGAAUGUGGGCCGACGAGAGUAGCAGGCUCAGCCGUUUCAGAAUGCUCUUCACUUCCUUCGUCGACCCUCCCUGUUCCGGCAAUACAUUCUUUUGCCAUAGCAACAUGUGCAUCAACAGUUCUCUGGUUUGCAAUGGAGUUCAAAAUUGUGUUUAUCCCUGGGAUGAAAAUCACUGCAAAGAGAAAAAGACCAACGGCCUGUUUCACCAGAUCACUAAAACGCACGGCACCAUCAUUGGCGUAUCUUCUGGGAUAGUCCUGGUCCUCCUCAUCAUUUCCAUCCUGGUGCAGGUGAAGCAGCCCCGCAAGAAGGUGCUGGCACGCAAGCCUGCAUUCAACAAGAGCGGCUUCCAAGAGGUGUUCGACCCUCCUCACUAUGAGCUCUUCUCGCUGAGGGACAAGGAGAUCUCCUCGGACCUGGCAGACCUCUCAGAGGAGCUAGAGAACUACCACAAAAUGAGGAGGUCCUCCACUGCCUCGCGCUGCAUCCAUGACCACCACUGCGGGGGCCAGCCCUCCAUGGUCAAAGAGAGCCGCACCAACCUCAGCUCCAUGGAGCUCCCCUACCGCAACGACUUCUCCCAGCCCCAGCCCAUGAAGACAUUCAACAGCACCUUCAAGAAAAGCUGCUACGGCUACAAACAGACUCAUGACUGCGCUGAGCAGGUCAUAGAAGACAAAGUGAUGGAGGAGAUUCCCUGCGAGAUCUAUGUGAGGGGCAGCAGGAAUAAUGAUGCAGUACAGCGCUCAAUGUCGAUUGACUUUUGAAACGGAAAUCUCCUGAGGAGAUCAAUGUACCCACAUUUUUGUUUUCACAUGGAGGAGGACGACAGACUUUUAAAAACAAUGCUCCCAUUACUAUUUAUUUGUAUGGAGGAUUUUUGUUUUUCUGAAAUGUCAGAUUGUCAUAUUUUGGAUGUCGUUGCUUGGCUUUACUUAAUGGCUUUUUCAUUGGAUAAUUUAAUAACUAUGAUAAAUGUAAAUACGGCUGCUGUAUUACUAAUCUAUAUUAAAAGUAGCCCAUUCUUCCUCA